AUGCCUUUUCCACCUAUCAGCCUCCAGCAGCGGAUCUCCUCGCCCGGCAGGGAUUUAUUUGGAAAAAAGAAAGCCAGCGGAGAGCCUCGACAGCCUGAAAAACCCGACAGGUCUCAUGGAGAGAGAGGCGCUCCUGACAAGGAGAAGCAACCGGCCUCUUGGGCUUCUGCAAAUUUAAGGAAUCUAGCAAGGAAAUCCCAUCAGGAGAAGAAUAAAGACCACGCUCAGAGAUCCGACACGGGGCUGGAGACUCAGGGAAAGAGCUCCUGGCUGCCGGGGCCCAAAGCGCCGGAUCAUCAGAGAGUGCGGCGCUCCAGCUCAAUGGACUCCAGCAGGCAUCUGCGCGGAAAGGAGGAAGGGAAAAAGGAGAUUCAGUUCUCCCUCAGUCUCACCCCUGAAGCCAUACUUGUCAUCCAAAAGCGCAACCUCGAGAAGCAGAUGAUGGCGAAGCAGCAGAAGUGCUGCGCGUCCGCGGACUUCCGGCACCGAAGAGUUUUCCCGUCCAAAAAGGCGCACGGAGGCUCCAAGAGCUGCGCUCCCGGAGCAAGGGGCGAGUGCGCAGAGCAGGACAUCACUGCCAUUGUGAAAAUCUCCCUGCUCAAUGAUCAGUACAAGUACGAUGAUGUGGAGUAUGAGGAGGAGGACGGGGACGUGGAUGAGACGGUUGUGAGGAAAUGUAAAGAGUGGCUGAAAGGGGUCGAAAACGCGUCUGCUUUGGGGAAAGUCGACAAACUGCCAGCGCUUCCGCACCUGAAAGGCUGUUGA